CUGCCCGAUGCAUCAGUCAUGGAGCAGACGCACCUGCAGCAGCAGCACCCCUUUUCAUUCAUCUUUGUCGGGCGCCGCACUUUCUACCUGCUCAGCCUCACGGACAUCCUGUGUCUGAGAGGCACGUCCACAUCGCUCAGAGAUCUCUUCGGGGCGACCCAACUGCGACAUCGGCUCCGCCACUCGCUCGGCUCACAGGCGGGGCUGCGGCGGGCGGUGAAUGGACCGCAAGUGCAGCUGCUGCGGUUCGACGAUGACCAGUUCGGUGUUCAUGAUCUGCUGGCGGCUGUGUGUGUGAUGGAGGAGGGGGGCUUGGUGGAGAUCGGAGGGGUCAUCGAGCUGGGGGCGCAUUGCGGUUACUGUAACCUGCCUGUCAUCCUCACAUCCGAUGACAUCAACAAACACGCCAACAAGACCGUAAGGCACACACCGACUCACAAGGAGUGGGAGAUACCAGAGUUGCCUCAUUGAUGUGUCUGUGAUGUAUGUUGUCGUGUGUGUAGGCGUAUGUGUCGAUUUCCCGUGUGUUGGCGCAGCUCAUGGUGGUGGGGCGCCACAUCGACUUCGGUGACGGCAGCCGGCUGCAGCUGUUCCUCCACGGCCAUGAGGUGCGGGCCAUCAGUGACGAGCCCGACUUCGAGCUGGACUUUAACCCGCCCCUCCCUGCCGGCCACCAAUACCGGCAGCACCGACGACGGGACGACCCGCCAGUGGGCAACAGCAUCUACUACAACGAGUUCGACGGCACAUGGAGGAGUGGGGUGGGCGGCGACUUCACCUAUGCGUCGACGUCGUCGUGCGCCGAGCGUUGGAUCCUCAACCACUUCGAGGGGACUCACCAGACCAAUCGCACAUCGAUAAACCUCAACAGGUAAAACAUCAAUGUCACCAGUGGGUGAGAGGGGUGCGUGUUUGAUUGUGGGUGUGUGUGUGGUUGGUUCAGGUAUGUUGGCGGCGGCCGUCUUGAUGCCCUCCUCACCCAGUCGCCCCACACACCGGUGGUCGGAUGCAGCACCACAUUCAGCCGGAAUGGUCGUGAGCGAUACCUGGUGCUCACCAAUAGCACCCACAACUUCGUCGCAUGGAUUUACAUCUGAGAGUUGGGAAACAACAGAGGUCAGGCCGACAGACAGACAGACAGACAGACAGACAGAAAGACUGACAGGCAGCUCUGGUGGUCACGUGCCGCAAAUGUUCUCUCCCUUUUGUGUCUGCAGUGGACGUUCAUGUGUGGACGACCGAGUCUCCUGUGUCUGGUGUGGGUGGUGUCUUCAAGCACAGCUUCCGCCAGACGACCGCCCUGGCUCGUGUGGCGCUUGGGGCUGUGGGACCUUACGUGUUCGACGGACAACAGCCGCCGCAACAGCCACAGCAGCAGGGGGGCGACGAUAGUGAUGAUGGUACGGACAAACAGAGGGAGGGAGGGAGGGAGGGAGGGCGGAAGGGAGGGACACACACGAGAAUGGAUGGAUGGAUGGAUGUGCCUUCUUUGUCUAUGUGGUGUAGAUGAGGACGGCCAUGGCGGUGGUUGGGACGAUAUGAAUGGCGACGACAGCGGAGGUACACAGGAAGGAAGAAACGAAGGAAGGCGCACACAGCGCAGCACCGAUGCCCUGUAAGGUGUAUGUUCCUCUGUUUGACAGGUGAGGAUGCAUCAGCCGAGGACUGGAACCAACCCACACCGGGGCAGGGCAGCAUAGACUAGACAGGUAAGGUACACACACCACAGACAGAAAGAUAUCUAUCUGCACGUCUUCUGUGCUCCAGCUGAUUGGGUCUUGCCCUCCUCUGCUCUGUGCGUGGCAUGAUGGUUGUCUUACAGGAGUGAGGAUGACUGGAGUGCUGGGUUCGUCGUCUCUUUAGCUGGCUGCCCGGUCGUCGGCUCGUGGACAUCCGCAACUCACUCUGUGGCUAGGUGCCUGAGGGGCUGGGUGAGUGAGUGGUUGGGUGCGUUGGAAAUCACCCAGGCAUUCUUGUCGAGAGACCGGCUGACAUGACACCUUCAUCCAAUGGCUGUGUCGUGUUGCCUUGCCGACCUCUUUGCGCUGUGCAAUUCCUCCCCUCCCUCUCCCUCCGUGUCGAUACUUAUUGCCUGCCUCCCUCUGUCUGUCUGUCUGUCUGUCUGUCUGCCCCUCUGUGUGUGUUCGUAUGUGUAUGUCCUCUGUACACACCAAUACAUACGGAUGUACACACACACACACACUCAUAUGUAUAUAUGUCCAUCGCGGAUGGAUUCCUGCGUCCAUGGCCUCUUUGUCGGACUGUGUUGCCUGUUCAUGGCUUCCUCUCUGCUGACGAUGGCUGGAUUUCCUCUCUAGCUCUCUCUCUGUGAAUGAGUGGCUGGAUCGGCAAUGAUUUGACUGUUUCGCUUGAUGCAAUGGAAUCGAUCGCCGUGUGGUACUCACUGACUGAGUCACUGACUGACCGGCUUGAUGGUUGGCUGUAAUAGGAUGUUUGUGUGCAGAGGACAGACUUUGCACUGACCGUAACCGUCGCCGCCUCAGCACCCAAAGACCCAAGCACAC